AUUCAUGUAGGCUUUGAGAUAAUUUUAUUUGAGUAGAUAUUAUAAGAAAUCUAUGUAUGGAUUAUUAGGAUUAGGAUUUGUAGGAGCUAUGUUAUUGAUUUCAACUAAAAUAAGAAGAUAAUAAUAAAAACAAAAAUCUCUUGAUCAUCUAUAAUCAAAUGAAUUAUCAACAUAAGGAACAAUAUUUAAUUCAUUAGACAAGUGCUCUUUAUCUAAUUUAAAUUAAGUUAGAACAUUAAAAACAUCAAUUAAGCUUGAAAUUGAUUUCAAACAAUAGAUUAUAUAAGGAAGAGUAAUUCUCACAAUGAAAGCAAUUAAUGAUAUAGUAAAAGUACAAUUAGAUGCGAAAAUGUUGAAUGUACUUUAAGUAAAAGUUAAUAAUGAAGAUACAACAUUCAAUUAUAGAUAAUAAUUAGUGUAAGAAUUGGGAGAUCAAUUAGAAAUAACCACUUAAAAAUAAGCUAAUGAAGAAUUUUAGAUAGAAAUAAUUUAUUAAACUUAAUAAAAUGUUCAUAAUGGUUAAGUUGCAUUAAAUUGGCUAUAACCAUCUUAAACUUUUGGUAAUAAACAUCCCUUCUUAUUUACAUAAUCAGAAGCAAUUUAUGCUAGAUCAUUAGUAUAAAUAAAAUUCAUUAAUUUAGUUCCCUUGUUAAGAUAGUCCUUCAAUUAAAUCAACUUUUGAUAUUGAAUUAACUGUUCCCGAACCUUUAAAAGCUUAUGGAUCAGGAAUAUUAGUGAAAGAAACAAAAGAUGGAAAUAAUAAUACUUUCUAUUUUAAUUAACCUGUUGCUAUUCCUGCAUAUCUGUUUGCUAUAUGUGCAGGAGAUUUAGAAAAGAAACAAAUUAGUGAUAGAACUUAUGUAAUAGCUGAACCUGCUUUAGUCAAUAAAUGUUCAUAAGAAUUUUAAGACAUGGAAUCAUAUCUUUAAGCUAUUGAAAAUUAUUUAACUCCUUAUAAAUGGAGCUAAUAUACAGUUGUUGUAUUACCUAAAGCUUUUCCUUUUGGAGGAAUGGAAAAUCCAAAUCUUACAUUUUUAUCACCUUCUUUAAUUGUAGGUGAUAAAAGUGAAACUUCAGUAGUAAUUCAUGAAAUGAUACAUUCUUGGUCUGGAAAUAGUAUGACAUGUUAAAAUUGGGAAUGUUUUUGGUUAAAUGAAGGUAUCACUACUUUUAUUGAGAAUAAAAUUGUUGGUAGAAUUUUUGGGUAAAAUCAAUAGACUUUACAUGGUUUAUUAGGGGUAAUUAUAAUUAUGCUUAUUUUUAGGAUAAUAGCUUAAAAAAUAGUAUAAAUAAUUAUGGACCUACACAUACUUAUACAUCAUUAUCUCCAAAAAUUGAUUAACAAAAUCCAGAUGAUUGUUUUUCUGCAAUUCCUUAUUAAAAAGGAUGUUAAUACUUAAGAUUUCUUGAAUCUUUAAUUGGGGAAAACUUAUUUUAAUAAUUUAUAAGAUUAGUUGUAUCUUAGUAUACUUUAAAUUCAGAUCAAUUCAAAGCUCUUUUGGAAAAGUUUCUUAAUGAAAAUAAUAUCUCAGGUAUAGAUAUUUAAUGGUAAUCUUGGAUUAUUGAUCCUGGAAUGCCUAAAAAUUAAUUAAAUAUUGAUUAAUAAUUUAAAGAUAGAUAUGAAACAUUAGCUAAUAAUUUAUAUGAAAGUUAAUUGUAAUUAGAAGAUUUCCAAAAUUUGCAUUCAAAUGAAAAAUGUUAUAUUUUAGAUUUGUUAGGAAAUAAAUAAAUAACAGAGAAACUUAUGAAAGAUUUAGAAGAAGAGUAUCAAUUAUUUGAUUCAAAUAAUCCAGAAAUUUUACAUAGAGUAUUAAUCUAUGGAAUUAAUUGUGGUUAUAAAGUUGCUUUAGGGUAUAAUUUAGAAUUUAUUAAAUCUAGAGAUAAGUUGAGUCAAUUUUUAAGUAUGAAUGGUCGUAUGAAAUUUAUUAAUCCUGUUUAUAGAGCUUUAGCUUAAAAACAACCAGAAUUAGGAUUAAGAAUAUUCAAUAUGUAUAAAAACAGUUAUCACAGUAUAGCUGUAGCUUAAAUAUAAAAAAUGUUUUAGAAAUGA